CUGAUACGUCCCCUACCUGGGGACCACAUAUUAAAUUGAUUUUUGGAGCAGGGAGAUGGAAUAGGGGCUUGCUCCGUCCACUCCACGCAGCGACCCAGUAUUGCAGUACUUCUGGAAAUGGUGCACCUCUUUUGAGUGUGGAAUGAUAAAACGUGCCGUUCAAAUUUAUGUGAGUGUGUCGCUGUUUGGCGUGUUUUAGUUGUAAAAAUCCCCGCAUCCUUAAAGUAUUAAUUAUAUGUUUGCAUAUGUUGUCAGUUCCUUUCACCUGUUGAGAUGACUGAUAUGUGUAUGACCGGUGGUUUUCUGCGUUGUGUAGUGUAGUGGAUCGACGAUCUGGAAUUUACGGUCGUCGAGUUUAGUGAUUAGUGCAACUUCAAGCUAGUGGCACCCAUCCACAAAACUAAACGAAAACCAGCCUGGGACCUAAAAGUAUCCACAAACAUGUAUAUACAAGUAAUGACCGACAUAACAAAUAUUAACAAUCUGAACAACACUUAAUACAAAUCUAUUGGACAUAUACAUAUAUAUACACAUAUUGUGGUACGUGAAACAGCAACCUCUCCCACCGGAGUCAUGACAGAAAGGGGAGAGUGAAGGGGUGCAGCCCACAUUUAUCCCCAAUCCCUCAGUAGUCCUGUACGGAGUCGUGUGCUGGGGCGGGGGUGCAGUACAGGCAGAGACAGAAAGACACUCAACAAGCUGGUUCAGAGGACAGGCUCUGUCCUGGGCUGCACACUGGAGUCCAUGGAGGAGGUCGUGGACAGAAAGAUGCUGGUAAACUAACAUCCAUCAUGGAGAACGCCUCCACCCCCUGUACCACACUGUACUGCUCUGAGCAGGUCCUUCAGCACCAGACUGUUACACCCACAGUGCAGAAAGGAGCGCCAGCACAGGUGGUUCCUCCCCACAGUCAUCAGACUGGACAACAUGUCACUGCAGUGACACACAUUUUGUACCCACACAGUGUAUUUCCCUUGUUGUUGCUGUUGUUCUAUCGUGGGUUUAUACCCAGUGGUAUUGACUAGUUAUAUUAUCGUGUUGUGUAAUCUUUGUAAAUUUUACUUAUUUUUUUACUAAAAGUUUUACUUGCUUACAGUUUUAUUUUUAUUGUAUAGUUAAUACUGCUGCCAUCCAUUAUAUACUGUUUUUCCAUACUGCUAUACUGUUGUCCUAUUUAAUGUCGCCUUGCUGCUGUAGACAAAAGACUUUUCCCAUCGGGGGAUGAAUAAAGUAUAUCAUAUCUUAUCUCUUCUUGGACUUUCUCAUACGUCGGAUGCUGUUAGGAAAAUGUUCCUGCACCUUGCCCAAUGUAGCUUCACUGGAUUUCCUAACCUCUUGAAAACAGCUAAGGCAAAGAUUGAAGCCAUUAAGCAAGCGAGAGAGCCCACUGCUGAGUCCAUGAUAAGAACUCAGUUCAAGAUGGAGAUGCUCGUUUACUCCCAGGACAGGAUGUACAGCAGCAGCCUGAGUGACAGAAAGAAAGAAAUGACAGAGGAGGAAGGCAGGGAAAGCCCUCAAUUAUCUGUAAGCUUUGUUUUUCACAGCAAUAAUAACACAACCCUUCAGGAGCUGAUGUUGCACCUUAAGUCCUAUUACAAGAUCGCCAGCCAGCGUCUGGCGGACCAGAUCCCGCUGGUGAUCCGCUACCAGAUGUUGCAGGAGUCUGCUGUCCAGCUGCAGAGUGAGAUGCUGCAGAUGCUUCAUGACAAAGAGAAUUUGGAGUUCUUCCUGAAGGAGGACAUGGACAUUGGCAGCAAGAGGGCAGCUUUGCAAAGUCGCCAUAAACGCCUCAUGAAGGCCCGCACCUACCUGGUGGAGUUCUGAAUGAUGUCAGGGCCUGAAAGCAUGAAUAAACCCAACAGUACCACAUACUGACAUGGUACAACAGCAUCUGAUCUGACAGUUGUCUUUCCAUAACCCUCAUACUGUACACUGUACAGUUGUAGCUGUUGGUUGUCAUACGCUGCCUG